AUACUGGUAGCAUUAUAAUAUAACCUCUGUGCUACGGAAUUAUUUAAGGGUUUUGUGAAAAAUCCUAUUUGGAUUUAAAGUAUCCCUGAAAAUUAAUCAACAUGUCUAAUCUUCCAUACGGUCCUCCUGUAAAAAUCUCUCCUUUGAUUAAGUUUGGUCGCUGGUCAUUCCUGACAGCGGGCAUCCUGUACGGAGCCUUCCACCAGAACCGCCUCUCCAAGAAGGAGACCAAGCUGCGUGAGAUUGAGGCGAAGGAGAAGGUCAUCAGGGACGAGAAGCUGAGGAAAGAGAAGGAGAUUGCUGCUGCUGCUGAAAUAAAAGCCCUCGAAGAAAUGGUUUCCAGCAAGAAAUAGAAAGCAGGAAGUUUGAAGUUUAGUUUGUAAGCUAAUAGUUGCUACCAUCGAUAUAAUGUCGCCAUUCUAAUGUCAGUGUUGCCAUAUUAUUGGCUGUAUGUUAAAAAAUCUUGUGCAUAAAAUGGAACAGAUUAAAAUAAAAUGGCAACGAUUCCAUCUUUAUAAAUAAUGUUGUAUUUAUGAAAUAUAGGCGUAAUAAAAUCUGUGG